CCGCACUUUUAUAUGAAAUAAAGUGCAGUGCGAAUCUAACUCUCGGUCGUAUUACUUGUUCCCCCCGCUACGCCGACGUACCAGUGGCGACGAGUACCGUCUUAUGCGCGUGUGAAUAAAAAAUAUAUAUAUAUUAUAGUUGUGUAAAAAUGUCUAGUAAUUUGGGAAUUUUAACGGUCUUUGACCAUAAUGUGCACCAAUGGAAUACUUACAAAAGUCGACUUCGACAGUGGUAUAUUGCAAAUGACAUAACAAAUACGAACGACGCAGCAGGAACAAAGAGACGAGCCGUGUUGCUAAGCGCACUCACGGAAGGUACCUACAAGUUGGCAGCGGAUUUAGCCCUGCCAAAGGACUUACAAGAGAUACCUUAUGAAGACAUUUUGACACUGCUGGACAAUCACUUCACGCCAAAACGUUUGGGGUUUGGCGAAAGGCACAAUUUUUACGCAGCAACACAACAACCCGGGGAAACGCACACACAGUGGGCAGCCCGACUUCGCGGGCUGACAGCUCAUUGCAGCUUUAACAACGUCGAGGAAGCCUUGCGUGAUCGCUUCAUAAUGGGUAUGGCACCAGGGCUAGAGAAGGAGAAGCUGUAUGCACUAGACAUAACGCAGCUAACGCUGGCCAAAGCUGUGGAGCAAGCGGAGACCGUACGAUGCGCGCGAGCCGGCGCAGCCGCCGCGGCGAACCCAGCGACGAUGCCCGAGCAGCUGUUUAAGAUUGAGAAAAGUGAUAAAAGUAAGGCCAGUGCGGGAAAAGUUAAAUGUGCAGUGUGCGGGUAUAAUAAUCACAAAAGUAAUGAGUGUCGUUUUGCUAAUUACGUUUGUAAGCGGUGUAACACGAAGGGUCACUUGCGUAGGAUGUGUCCUAAUAAGAUAAACUACGUAAAUACGGGUGCCGGAGACGAAAGCGACGAUGACGUGUACGCAAACUAAAACUCAAAAUGAAUCUAAGUGGCAGAAAUUAAAAAAAGGAGAUUUAGUAUUAUAUAAAAAGUAUCAAAAUAAGAAUAGUUACUGUUGGUGUAAGGGAGUGAUUGAAAAACAAAUAGGAAAAGUA